AUGGGCUUGAUUGUUGAAGGUCUAGCAGGCAGCGGUGGUGAUAUGGUUGUAGAAGGCAGAUGCCAGAGAGGGGUGAACGGAGAAGAGACUGUGGCUUGUGGUAGUUGUAGGCAGUAUGGGCAGUGGCCUGUGGAAAUUGUGGGCUGGGUUAUUGGCUUAUUGGGCUUAUUAAGUGUGAACUCAAUUCUGGAAUCAGUUUUAGUUUCCAAAGACGUGAAAUCGUUGGUGGAUCUGAGAUCAGCGUUGACAGAGUUCAUAAGAGAUGAAUCGCUCCAAAUCUUUCAAGAAAUUUCAGGAAAAUCUGUUGACUAUAAGCUUCUAUGUAUUGAUUUUCGGAUUCGUGUUUUCGCGCUUAUUGGUGAUGUUCAGGUAUUAUUCUGUUCCAUUUUCUAG